AAGCGGCAAACUUGGGUCCGUUCGCGUUUGAGUCCGUGUGAAGAACAUUGCUGUCUGGUGUACGUGAACUGUUUAUAUGAAUUCUUCUAACGGAAGGGGGAUAUAAAAAUGUCCAGAGUUUAUGAUAAUAACCUGAGGAAAGUUUUGUCAGAGUGUAACUACUUGUAUCCAGAUGAAGUCUAUAUUGAUGUUAGAAGUGUGAAAUCUGUAUACACAGACCUUCAUCUUUAUUUAGCUAACAUUAAAGGCGACAUAAAGAAACUGCUGAAUAUGAGUGGCACCAUUGCAGUACAGUAUAAAGGUGAAACAUAUAAUAUACCAAUUUGCAUUUGGUUGCAUAACACUCAUCCAAGUCAUCCUCCAAAGUGCUUUGUGAAGCCAACAUGUAAUAUGACCAUAAAUGUAGGAAAGUAUGUAGAUCGCAAUGGGAUUGUGAAUUUACCUUAUCUUGAUAACUGGAAACGUGAAUCAUCUCAUCUUCUCGGACUCUUACAAGAGAUGAGGGCAGCAUUUCAAAGAGAGACGCCUUUGUUUUCCAAACCAGUUUAUGUACAGCCAGUAUGUUCACCACCCCUUUCACAAGAUUCAAAAUAUACUGCGAAGAACGAAAGACCUGAAAAUUUUGAAGAUCUCUUUAAGUCCUUACACAUUGACAAUAUUUUAUCCACGUAUAAGUUGGAGAAAAAGGAACAAGUUGCAGAUAAAGUUGCCAGACAAGAUGAACAUAUAAUUACUGUGAAUAAUCUCAGUUUUCCCGUACAAAUAAAGAAGUAUGAAAACAUCAAGAAAGAUGUCUUGGUUCCUUCUUGCAUACCAGAGGACAAGUCUAAUAUCUUUCAAAGACUUUUGACUCUUGAAGAAAGGAGUUUCACCGUUGAAGAUAUUAUAGAGGCCAUUGAGCAUAACAAGGAUUAUGAGUCUACGCUCAAGUAUCUCUCACACGAGUGCCCAAUCUGUAACAAUCAAGUCUCUUUCAGCAAGAUUGUCACCAUGACUCACUGUUCCUGUGCUUUUUGUGAAGUCUGCUUCAGGGCCUAUUUCUCAAUCGUCAUUAAAGAAAAAAGUAUUGUAGAUGUUGUGUGCCCUUUAUGCGGAAAGCCAGACAUAAAAGCAGGGGGCUCCGAGGUGAUGGAUUACUUCAACUUGCUGGAUACUCAGAUUAGACAUUAUUUGGGAGAAGAGAUCCAGGAGUUAUUCCAGAGAAAACUGCGUGACAGAGCUCUGUUGCAAAUGCCCGACUUUUGUUGGUGUGCGCAUUGUUCAUUCGGACUUCUUCACGAAUCUCGGAGUUUACGAAUGGACUGCCCGUCCUGUGGGAGAAGCACCUGUUUCAAAUGUCGCAGACCAUGGCUGCCUCAGCACAUGGGAAUAAGUUGUGAGCAGUUUAUAGACUGGCAAAACAAGAACAGCCUAGGAUACCAAGAUGCUCAGCUCGAACAUCUUUACAGCAGAAAUGGCAUAGAUUGCCCCAACUGCAGAGUUCGAUUUCACCUCUCCAAAGGGGGCUGCCUGCAUUUCAAAUGCACGCAAUGUCAACACGAGUUUUGCGGAGGAUGCAGAAAGCCGUUUUUGUCUGGAGAAGUCUGUAGGUUUUCAGAAGAUUGUCGCACUAAAGGCCUACAUGCACACCACCCGAGGAACUGCUUCUAUUUUCUUCGUGACUGGGAUGUGAAAAGACUGCAGCAUCUGCUGAACCUAUACGAUAUGGCAGACUUGAGCACGAGGGAGACUCUCCAACAGAAUGUCUCAGGAAAGUGUGGUGUCCUGGAAAACCGAGAAUAUCCAAGUGGCUUUGUAGAAAUUCCCUGUGGAAAAGCCGCACCACUUGAAUAUGGAGGUCACUGCGAGUUUCAUUACAAGGAGUUUUUAAUUGAAGUUAUAAACAAGUCCUGCCUCGACCCUGCGGCUCUCUACAGCAAAGAAGAAAUCUUCAGCGAAUUUCAUCGGUGGAAGAUCUCGAUAACACAGCACCUGAAGGAAGAAGCAGAUUUACAGUCUCUUCGAAAAGUGUUGACUGAUUCAGUGACGCUGAGUCCAGAACACGGACAUCAACACAACAAAGCUCAAGGAACUGGGCCAAGUUGACACCAAGUCAGCACUCCUGCACAAACCAGGAAGGGACAAGAUGGACGCUGGGAGCUACGACGACCGUGGAAAUGAGCAGCACGGUAGGCCUGUAAUGAUGUGAAGCGACCUUUCCUAACAGCUUCUGUCGCCGUGUUUUAAGCCUCCAUUGCUCAACACAACUCUCUCCACGACCCUGUGAUGCGUUCUUGUGCUGUUUGUUCCCACGAUGAAUUUGCAAAAGAGAAAAACAAUGCAGCAUCUCAAUUUUGUAAUAAAGGUAUAUUUGUAAUUUUAAUAUAAAAAUACAUGACAGACAUUGACAGUUUACAACUGAUAAAUAAAUGUGAAUCUGAUGAAUUAAAAACAAAUACUUUUAUUAUAAAUAAAAGUGGCAAAAAUUGA